UGCCACCGGACCCCUCGUUUUGCGGCUACAGACUAAGAUGGCUACCCCGCUGACAGUUGCUAUUGCUUGGAAGUGGAAGGCUCUCCGAUACCAAGGUGAUGGGCACCAACAUAAAGCCUUAUGAUUGAGAUAGAAGAGAGAUACUUUGCAAGUCCCCGUGGACACAGCAUGCCAGGAGCAGCCGGGGCAUGGCAGUUUCCCUUGGCACUGAGAACAUAUCAAGUGCUCAGGAGCGGUGGGAGCCCAGAAAGGUAGCCGAGGGCGUUCACUGCUGCCCCGGGCUCCAAUCAGACCCGGGAGGCUUGGCUGGCUGGCUGGCUUAUAAAUGCAAAGCAGGGAGCGUUGCAAAGUGAAAGUGCCUGUGGGCUUCUCCCUGGUGGCCUUGCGGGGAGGGAGAUGAGCUCCCGGGCACCCCUUCCAGGGAGGCCGGAGGGACAGGGCAGCACAGAGUCCUCAGAGGGCAAGAGCCUCCCCCAGGGCUCGCUGCAGACCAUGCCCCUCUCCUCCAAGCCGCUCACCUCCUUCCUCAUCCAGGACAUUCUGCGGGACGGUGCCGACCGCGGAGCUGCGGGGCAAGGGAGGAAGAGCCGGGGAUGCUGCAGGGCCUCUCGCCCGGAGCCGGCGCCGGACGGUGCAAGCUCCGCUCCCCGGCCGCCGGCGGGGACACCCCUCCCUGCAGGGGUCCCCCCGCCGCCCCAGGAGCAGGCAGGAGCGCCAGGCGCAGAGGCAUAUACAGAGACCGACCUGUUGGACUGUGAAAACCCUCUGAAAUCCUCACUGAGCAACCAAAGGACCCCGAAGCAGCAAAAGCGCUCACGGGCAGCCUUCUCCCACACUCAGGUCAUCGAGUUAGAAAGGAAGUUCAGCCAUCAGAAAUAUCUGUCCGCCCCGGAGCGAGCCCACCUGGCGAAGAACUUGAAGCUCACCGAAACCCAAGUGAAAAUCUGGUUCCAGAACAGAAGGUACAAGACCAAAAGGAAGCAGCUAGCCUCAGAACUCAGUGGACUCGAUAAGAACUCUGUUUUCCCAGUCCUUAAAGAGGAUGAUGAUGUCUCCAGGGCCACUCUGAUUUCUGUGUGUAACGGCUACCAAUACUAUCCCUACCUGUGCUGCUUGAAUGGCUGGAGUCCCUCUUUGUGAUAACUACAGCUAAAGACUUCAAUUUUUCCAAAGAGAAAAGCUCUUUUUAUUUUUACUGUUUUGCUUUUUCUAAUAAGGGGGAGAAAGCACUUCUGACCAGAUUUUCAGUGAUGCUGAACACCCUGCAUGCCCUUUUCCCUUUCAGGGAACUUGCAAGGUUCUCGACACUGCUACAAGUCUAGGAUAACAUUUUCCAAGGCACCUAAUAAUAAAUGCCAUGCUUUUGUAUAGUGCUUUCCAUGGGUAGAUCUCACAGUGCUUUAGAAAGGAUUACAAUCUUCAUUCUGCAGAUGGGGAAAACUGAGGUACAGAGCAAUGAAGUGAUUUAUCCAAGGCCACCCAGGGGCAGAGUCAGGAAUAGAACCCAGGCCCCUGAGUUACAGUCCACUAAACUAUAGUGUCUGCCCUUUUCCCUCAUUGAAAGUCAAUGGGACUUCGGCUCCCACGUGUUUAAGUCUCUUUUCAAAGUGGGACUUAUGUGCUUUGGAAAACUUCAGCCCUCCCCACGAGCAGCGUGUAAAAACUAAGUCAUGAUGAUGGUUUUGCACAGCAAUUGUCUCGGCAUGUUCAUCUAGGCCAUUAAUUCUGUGACACUGCAUAGUAUAUUUAAUAUUUAAAUACCUGGUCUUCUCAAAACAGAACAAAAGGUGGGAUGCUGAAUGGGAAAAAAAUGGAGUCUGCAUUUUUCCCCCAUUAAAUGGGAACUAAGAGCCAUGUGGUCCUAAGGUGAAGGCCGUGAGAUGUAUUAGAACUAUGUCAGCCAACGUGACAAACCCCAUUUAAAUUACUGUCAUGAACUGGUCAGUGCAUAUGUACACCACUGCUCUUUACUGGCUAGAAUUAGAACUGCAUAACUAUGUGUCAUAGCACCUAUACUGCAAGUUAAAGUAGCUCAAGCGGUAAAGACCUUUGGUUUGAAGUAGAAAGUUUGCCGUUCUCUCUCUGCUGUGUCACAAAGUGAUGUGUAGCCACGAUGCGCUGCAUAGUAACAAACAUGAAAUACUAGGCGACAACAGAGGUGUUCCAAUAUGCAAUAAAUAUUGUGGGCAGGAUCCUCGGCUGGUAUCAAUCAAUUCUCAGAUUCUGAAGGAACUGUGCCAAUUUACAUCUGCUCAGGUUCUACAGCCUACACACCAAUGUAUACCACCAGUAACUUGGCAGCAUGUACCCAACCAGACGACAGCACAAAAUUCAGUAUCACAAUGACAGAUCUGUUUUGCAUAUCACCACGCUGAUGCUGUUUGAACAUUAACACAUAGAAUUACUGUAUUAAAUAGCUUAAGUUUUCAGCCUUCCUAACAGUUUAAAGAGAAGCAAUUCUGUUUGUAAAAUUAGAUGAGACAAUGCAGCCUAGUGCUUCAGAAGAGGCUCACUAUUACUGUAAAGUUUUCUUGUGAUCACAGAGUUAAAUGAUCUUAUUGUUAUUAUUCACACUCACCAUUUGAGCAGACUAACAGAGGUGAUUCCUGCUUCCGUUUGAUACAUACCAUACUAGCUUGAUGCUGUAUGAUGCAGAGCACCUUUUGAUCCUAUCUUCUUUUGUGGGGAGUGAGAAAGCUCAGCACUUUGCAGUAUACAAGGGAAACAUGGGAUAAAGCUUUUAUGCAUGGUUGUUAAGUGAAUAGUAAUAUUUUGACCUCUGUUAGUCUGUUCAAAGUAGCAGUGAUGGCUUUUAGGAGCAAAGGAAAUGCCUGCCCAUACGUAAAGUUUGAGGAAACAUCUAUUGUGGAGGAAAUAAAGGUUUUAAAAUAGAAAUGAAAUGAAAAUGGGGGGGGGGGGGAAAUUAUGUUAGAUCAUUUAUAAUUUCAGUGGACCAAAUUCUCAGGUAGUACAAAUCAGAUUAGUACAAAUUAGAACUAUGGCAAUUUAUGCCCUCUGAGAAUUUAUGCCCUCCCAAUUUAUGCCGUGGCUUUUUUUUAAAAUCUAUCAAGCUCUUUAUAAUGGUGCCCAUCUUUGUAGUAUUAACCCCCCCACUACCCCAAACCACAAAAAGCUAAAGGCCUAAUUUCCCUCCCUUCUCCUCGAGACAGUUGGGGCUGCAUAUUGUUGGAGUGAUUGCUUCCAGAAUGGGAAGUGUAAUAAUUUCUUUUCAGAGACAAGGAGUGUGGGGAAAUGAAGUAAUAUAUUUGAGACGACCAGCUUCUAUUGGGGAAAGAGACAAGCUUUCAAGAGGACACUGAGCUCGUCUUCAGGUCUGGAGAAUUUUUAGAAAUCUUAUUUUUCAUGAAAAUAUAUAUUUGAAAAUU